CAGCAGCCGCCCAGCGGCGUGGUGGGGGCGUCGCCCCCUCCCCCUAAGCCCCCAGAAGACCACCAGGCUGUUAGGAGGAACUUUCAGAUCCCCAAGAAGAGCAGAGAAAAGAAAGCACUCUUUCAGCCAGUACCUCUGGGUUCUCGAGAAUUUGAGGAUAUUUUGAAGAUUCUGCAUUCAUCUUACUUGGAACCAAGUUCAGUGUCCAAUUUUGAUUACAAUAGAGCCAGCUUAGUUCAUAGUGAACUCUUGGAAAAGGAAUUCACAGAGAAACGCCGAGAGCUGAGGUUUGAUGGUCGCCUGGAGAAGGAGCUCUUGGAAAGCCACGCGUUCCUCAUGGUGGAUCGGGCUCAGAUCCAAAGCAUAUGUGAAAAGGGUCUGCAGGUGGGACACUCUAAAAUAUCAAUUCUUGGCAGCCCUUUCAUGGGUGUAUAUAUCUCCAAGUAUGCUGAUUUAUUGCAGCCUAAUCCUCUAGAAGUGGGAGCAACUGGAGAUGUGAUUAUUUUUAAAGUAAUAAAGGGAAAAAUGAAAAGCAUAUAUGACCACAUUGGUAUGAAAACAAUGGAAUCAGCAGCAAAGAGUGUGUUAGAUCCAACACCAAAGCAUGAGUGUCAUGUUUCAAAGAAUGCAAAUAAAGUUACCUCCUUGUUGGCCUAUAGAGCCUAUGAACUGACUCAGUACUAUUUUUAUGAAUAUGGCUUUGAUGAGAUCAGACGAAGACCAAGACAUGUUUGUCCUUAUGCUGUUGUUUCAUUUACUUAUAAAGAUGACAUGGUGCAAGGACCAAAAUUCUUACCCCCACCAAGAUCAAACAACUUCAACACAGAUAGAGACAGAGGUAUAGAGAAAUCCAACUUAACGUUAUGGAGGGGGCAGCUUUGGACCAAGGGCAAACUUCUGUGCCACAUUUCCAUAAAAUCAGCAGGACUUCCUUUCCUUCCAUGCAAGCUUCAUGAGAAGCUUGAGUUUGAAAAAGUUGCCAGCAUUGAUCAGUUGAAGAAAAAAGUUUCACCACUGUUGUUCUUGAAAGAAACUUAUCAAAGAGGGAAAGAAGAGCUGAAGAAUGGCUUGUAUGGUAGCCUCUAUGAAGUUGUGGAGAAGUCCCGUUCUGGGAAUCACAUGGACAGUUUGCUUCAUAAACUAGAGAAAGAUAAACUUGUUCUUGUGAAACCACUUCUGGACAGAGGAUUUCUUUUUCUUCUUUCUCCUUGGCAAAUGUUGUCCCCUUAUGACCACCAGACUGGACGGCCCCGCGUUCUUCAUGCACUCUUUCUGUUUCCCGAAUCCAGAAUUAUAAUUAACUCAGCACAAAAAAGUAUUCCACUUGGAACACAGAAAAAUUCAACUUUGCCUGAAAAUAAGGAAAUUGUUCCAGACUUCCCGAAGUUUAUUCAGGCUCUACAUUUUGCUUUAGUCCAGUCUCGUAGGGACACUAGUGCAGAUUGCAAUUGUGUUGUGGAAAAGUACAUAAAUGAGUAUUUGAAAAGAUACUAUAGUGGCACUGGAAGAAGAGAGUUUAUCUUAUAUCCAUAUACAUCACGGUUGGAUGACAAAACAUUUCUUUAUCCUGCACCAAGAUAUAAAUCCCAUAUUGACAGCUACUUGCAAAGCUAUAUUUUCCAUUGUGAGGCCUAUCAGCUGCCUGUUUCCAGAGCUAAGGCAUUGGUGGAGGAAAAUCGGAAACACCAACACUUCAGUCCCAUCUCAGACUAUGAACCCACAGAAGAUUACGCGGAUUUUGACAAGGCAAAAUACGGAAAAAGAAUCCGAGUGAACUGUGAAGCUUCUGCUGUCAUGCAGAAACUGCCUCCACUUGGAGAUUAUGAUCCUGAUAGAAUCAAAGAACUUAUUAACUUAAUCCAGUGCAGGAAAAAAAACGCAGGUGGAGGUGCUGAUUCUGAAGACCCAAGAAUUAGAAGUGGUCUGAAAAGAAAGCUGGAAAGAGAGUCUGAAACUUUGCGGAAGUACUUAAAAAUGAAUGAAGCUUCAGAGAAUAUUUGUCAGUAUGAAGAUUCGCCACACUCUGUUUUCUCAGUUAAUACUGGUCUCAGUGGACACGAUGCUGACUUCAGGCAGCAAGAAGGACUCGACCCUGCUGCUGCUGCUGCUGCUGCUGCUGCUGACACACAUGGCCUCGUGAAACUGCUUUUAGAAACACUAGCUACUGCAGGACACUUGGAUUCAUCAUUGGUACAGUCUGUAAAUCAAGCUUUAGGAUUAAGCACUGAUGAAAUUGAAGAGGAUACGAGACAAAAGUCUGAAUAUGAAUCCAUUCCAGCUCAGGACAAAGAUGAUCAUGACCUUCCUAAUGCUGCUCAGGCUGAAAAUGUUAACUUUAAGGACCUGCAGAGCCCAGCACUCCUGAAGCCUGCCGUGCCGUGCUCACUCUGCCCUGGUGAUGCUGACCUGCAGCUUCCAGCUAACGAAGUAGGCCUUGAACACACACCACAUUUACAAGAAGCAAGUGCUGAAAGCGUAAGUACUUUUGAAGACUACAGUCCCUGUCCUAGUGCACCUAUAGAACAUGUUUAUCACAGGCAACAUCCCAACUCAAAUAAUAUAGAGGUUGGAAUGCACUGGAAACUUAUUCCAAUUACAGGUCUGAAAUCACCAGAAGAGCCAUUGGUGUAUUUGCCACCAAAGGAUGCCCUUCCUAAUGACCCUCGGAUAAUAAAUAGACAGAGAAGUUUUGAUUACCAGUUUCCAUACUCUCCAUUUUCAGACACACAAAAGGGGACAGCAGAAGAUGGACUUCAUACAGGACAAGUGGAGAAACUUGAAGAUCAGUAUGGGCUAGCAGAUCACCCUUUUACAGCUAAGCAUUCCAUUAGUUCAGUAAUAGAGGCAACACUGUUAGAAGAAUAUAAACUCUUUGCAAGAAAGAUUGAAGAAAUUUUGCAGCAGGAGAACGUUGCUUAUGUCAGUAGCAUGUCCACACCAGUCCUCUCUGCCCAGGAGAGCAUCGGGAGACUUUCUGAGUACAUAUGUUUACAGACAACAGAUAUUUCUGUCCAAGAAUAUAUAGAGAAGCUGAGUGAAAAGUUGAGUAGUGUCAUAUUGGCAUCUUCAUGCAUUAAGCAGCCUCCAGCUAUGUACUCUAGUCCUGAACUAUCAGAAGUGGUUAGCAGUGCUGCACCGAAUGCUCUGCACGACCCAUCACCUGUGCCCAGAGACGCCGGCGCGGCGCUGGCAGAGCCCCCGUGCAAUAACCUGGCCGAGGAGGUGUGUUUGAAGGAGCAGCCUGCAGCCAGCUUACCUGCCCUGAAGGAAAGGGAUCCUGGGAAUGCUAAACCAGAGCAUUUGUUGACAUCUGAUCAGACCUCUUCCAGUGGUGAUCUGAUGGAGCCACCAGAAAAGACUCAGAAAUCCCCAGAGAACUUAAACGUUUCAACUCAGCCAGCUUUUUCUGAUUUUAUAAGCCAGUUAAAACCUGAAGUAUUUAACAGUUUGGUCAAAAUUAUUAAAGAUGUACAGAAAAACACUCUGAAAUUUUAUAUUCAUGUACAGGAAGAAAGUAUUCUCUGCAGAGAAAUCAAGGAGUAUCUUACAAAGUUAGGUAAUACAGAGUGCCAUCCAGAGCAGUUCCUUAAAAGGAGAGCUGAUUUAGAUAAACUGUUGAUCAUAAUCCAAAAUGAAGACAUUGCCAACCUCAUCCAUAAGAUCCCAGGCCUGGUGACUCUGAAGAGGCUUUCCUGUGUCAGCUUUGCAGGGGUUGAUAGUUUGGAUGAUGUGAAGAAUCACACUUAUCAUGAGCUGUUUGUGUCUGGUGGGUUUGUUGUGUCAGAUGAAUCUGUCCUCAAUCCAGAGUCCAUCACUACAGACAAACUAAAACAGUUCUUAAAAUUUCUGGAGAAUCUCAAUACCCCAGAUGGGAAAUGGCAAUGGAAAGUCCACUGCAAAAUACAAAAAAAACUGAAAGAGCUUGGGAGGAUGAACACCAAUGCCCUGAGUCUGCUCACCCUUCUGACCACAUACCAAAAGAAGCACUUGGUUGAGAUUCUGUCUUACCAUAACUGUGAUUCUCAAACUCGAAAUGCUCCAGAACUAGAAUGUCUUAUCAGACUUCAGGCCCAAAACAUACAGCAGAGACAUAUUGUCUUCUUAACAGAAAAGAAUCUGAAAACACUCUCGAGCUAUGUUGAUAAUGGAAUAGUUGUUGCUGCUGUUGAUGAGUUUAUGCAGAAUUUUAAAAGUCUGGUUGGGUAUCACAACUCAGUGACUGAGCAGAACAGCCUUCCUGACACCACUGUGCAGCACAGAAAAUCAGUUCUUGUAGAAAAGGAUGAAAAGGAUGAGGAGGACAUGUCUCUGGAUUCAGGAGAUGAAAUAUCACAAAUAGAAAUCUGCAGUGAUGCCUCUAAGUAUGAUACUCCUGUGGAAGCUUUGCAGACAGAGACCAAGGGCCCACACGGAGUAGAUGCUAAAGCAAGCUGCUUAUCAGUUACAGCGUUAUCUCCUGAAGCACGAACUGGCCUGGCAGAAAAGACUUCUAAAAAUGACUUGGAAAAGAAACAGCCAAUUUCUCCAGUUUCCACAACGUGCUCUGCUGAAGGAGAAAAACACAGUUCAGUGGAACAUACUCCCUUCACUACCUUCCCAGUUUAUAACAGACAGUUAAACUUGUCCCGUCAAUUCAGCCACUUUAAUGUGCUCACUCAUCAGACUUUCUUGGGAACAACAUACCCAAUUUCUUCUGUAAAUCAAACCCAAGAAGGGAGCAAUUAUUUUCUAUCUGCUUACAGUCAGAGCAUAGAUGCAGAAAAGUCAUCAUUGCCUGGUGCCUGGGACAGCAGCUGUGAUUCUUCCAGGCCAUAUUCAGAACAGAAAUAA